AUGGCAUCAACCGCUCCCGAUCAAAAGUUCAUGGAAGAGGACUUGACUCUAUUCUCUACUGGUGAUCCAAACUUUAUAUCUUUUGAAUUUGGUGCACCUGGACCUGCUCUUCUUCCUGUGAACUUGGUUACUGAUGCUACCAAAGAACGAUUCUCACGUGAAAAGGCAUGGACUUCUUUGCAAUAUGGACCUAGUCUGGGUGAUGCCGAGUUUAAGGAUACAUUGUCUGGCUGGUUGAGUACUCAAUAUAACGAGACAGUUGCUCCUGAGCAUCUCUGUGUUACCAAUGGUGCAUCACAAGCAUUCAGCAACCUCAUUGUCUUCUUCAAGGGCGAGCAUACGAAAAUCCUCCUGGAAAAUCCAACGUACUUUCUCGCCAUCAGAACACUUGCUGAUCAUGGCAUAUCACGAAAUGAACUGACUUCGGUUCCGGUUGACUCUGCUGGUGUGAAAGUCGAUCUCCUGGAAGCUGCAUUGGAACGUCUUGAAUCUGAAGCUAAGAGAGAUGGUGUAUAUCCACGUGGUAAUUGGGUCGACUCUGGGAAUUGGAGAAAGGGUGGUGAAUGGAAGGGUCCCAAGAGAUACAGUUAUAUCUUGUUCAUGGUUCCCAUAUACAGCAAUCCCACUGGAUACUCACUGAAGGAAGAACGAUGUCAAAAAGUGUUGGAUUUAGCACGCAAAUACGACGUGCUCGUCAUAUGUGAUGACGUGUAUUCAAUGUUGCCUCUGAAUAACAAUGUCCCACCGAGGAGGCUUGUCUCAUAUGACAACAUACCAAACUCGUUUGGAAACGUCAUAUCAAACUGCUCCUUCUCAAAGCUAUUUGCUCCGGGUGCAAGGCUAGGCUGGAUUGAAGCCAACGAUGGCAUCAUCGAACAACACUUCAGGUCUGGUCUGAUGUACUCAGGUGGAAGCCCAAACCACUUGUUCUCUGGAAUCAUGAACUCGAUGAUCUCAUCAGGAGCAUUCCAAUCCAAUCUGGCCUUUUUGAAGGCCACGUAUUCAAAGAGAUUGAACAUCAUGGUUGAAUAUUUGACAGAGCAUUUACCAAAGAAUGUCACAUUCCAGAAACCACAGGGUGGUUUCUUUUUGUGGUUGUGCUUGCCUGAAGGUGAAGAUAGUAAAGAAAUACUACAAGCUGUAACAGGUACGCAAGGGUAUGGUGGAAGGAAUGAUGAUGUGGUUGACAAGAAUGUGGGGAAUUAUCGAGGGAGAAAGGUCCCAAAGGAGAAGGUGUCGUUCGCUUCUGGGAACAACUUUUCAACCGAUUUGACGCACGGAAGGUAUCUCAGGUUGACCUGGGCUUUUUACGAAGAGGAAAGGCUUCUUCUUGGCUGUGAACGCUUAUGUCGUGUACUAAACGCUGCAUUGGGUUCAGCAAACAGUCGUAUGUGA